UUUUUCAGAGGCAAAUUUGCCGCUGUACGCCGGGCGAUACACAAAAAUUCUGGAGUUCAUUUUGCAGCCAAAUUUUUAAAGCGGCGGCGACGUGCCCAAUCAUCCGACAAAGAAAUUAAACAUGAAAUCGCCGUAUUGAUGUUAUGUAAUGAUGCCGAUAAUAUUGUCAAAUUAAAUGCUGUGCAUGAAUCACGUUCAGAUACAGCGCUAUUAUUAGAUUUAGCGACUGGCGGUGAAUUACAAACAUUUCUAGACAAUGAAGAAUGUCUGAACGAGGCCCAGGCACGCAUCUGUAUGCGUGAAGUACUUAAAGCAUUACAAUUUUUGCACAAACGAUCAAUUGUCCAUUUAGAUUUAAAACCACAAAAUAUUCUAUUAAGCGGAGAACGUAUUGAAGAUGGUCUUAAAUUGUGUGAUUUUGGCAUUUCACGCGUUGUUACCGAGGGUACCAAUGUCCGUGAAAUUGUUGGCACUCCCGAUUAUGUGGCCCCCGAAGUCUUACAAUAUGAACCCUUGUCCCUGGCCACCGACAUAUGGUCGGUGGGUGUAUUAACCUAUGUCCUACUGUCCGGCUUUUCACCAUUUGGCGGUGAAACGAAACAGGAAACCUUCCUUAAUAUAUCACAAUGUGCACUAACAUUUCCGGAUAAAUUAUUUGGAGGCGUCUCAUCGGCAGCCAUUGAUUUUAUACGCAAAGCAUUGCGAAUAAAGCCAGGAGAUCGCAUGACUGCUGCAGGAUGUCUCGAACACAUUUGGCUUAAAGACGAAUGUAGCAUCGAUAGACAUAUUUUCAAUAGUAAACACAGCAAUAAGCAGCAAUUGGAACACGAUGACGAAGACGUUGACGACGAUGACGAUUUAGUUGAUGACGAUGAGGUCGAGGAUAGCAGUGAUGAUCAUGCCGCAACUGUUGAAGUAGAUGCAGAUGUGGUAGCAGAUCAACAACAACAAGUUGUUGAUUUAUCACAUAACGGCAGCAGCAUUGCCGAGGAUCAUCAUGAGGUAGUAGUUGAAGAAAUAGGAAAUGUUCAUGAUAAUGAUAAACCCCAGGCAAUAAGUGUAGACAAUUCCGAAGAAGAAGAAGAAAUUGACACUACCAACAACCACACAAAUCAGUCGUCUCCCAAAUCAAUGACCACCACCACCACAAUUAAUAAUCAUCAGGUACAUCCCACAACCAAAACAACUGUGGUCCAUAACGUGCCAGCAGCAACAAAGGCCAUUACCAUACCCUUAAGUAAUGUACAACAGCAACAACAUUUCACCACAACGACAUCGACAACAACACCUCCAGAUCAACAGCAACAACAACAGCAAUUUCUUCACAUACCAGCCAGACGCCAGUCGUCCGAUUCCAAUAAAGAAAACACCUUUCUAACUACCAAGAAAAUUUCACCCUCCACCAACUCGAGCAGUAGCAACAGCAUGGAUUUUGCUGUAACCAGCAACGGCAUUAAGAAACCCCAUUUAACAGUUACACAACAAGCCAAUACCACAACAACAGCAACAAUACUUAUCAAUCCCACAGCAACAAUGGGCAAUUCUUCUUCUAAUAUUGUGGCCACCAUAACCCUACCCCCAAAUGCUGCAAUUGCAGCAGCAUGUAACAAUUCCAACACAUAUUCCGCCACAGUAACAACAGCAUCCCCAGUAACCCUAAAUGUUGUUAAUAACACAAAUAUUGCUUCAACAACAACUAAUGGCACCAACAACAACAAUAGCCACCACAAUUCUUUUUUCCCAGAUGCUCCUACUACACCCAAAGUUAUACGCAAGGCACCAAAUUCGGACACAUCUCCCACCUCGGUUAAGGCUUUAGUGAAGAAAUUCCAAUUGGAGGGUGGCGAACAGCCAAUGAACCCACCAGAAUUUGCCACGAACGGCGGUUGUGGCAGCGGCGGCGUCGGCAACGGCAUUAAGCCAGCAACCACCACGAUCACCUCCCCAACGACGAUGAAAACAAACGAAACGAAAACGAAAUUCAUCAAUGGCAGACCAUCGUUGCAAAACAAUCCCACGAAUCAACAUUCAUCGACGGCCAUUUCAUUGAGACGAGCCUCCGAACCCAUAACGGCCAUACACAACGGCAAGAAGCUGAGCAGUACAACAGCCACAUCAGCAACAACUGGUCCUGUUUCUGUGCCACCACCAUUAUUGGCCAGCAGUAAUAAUUUGAAAACACAGUGUGUUUAUUGUAAUUCCUGUAAUGCCGUUACAAAUGCGGCUGGCGUUACAACAAUAACGGCAAACAAUGGAUGCAGGCAUCCCUCGUCCACACAAGGAGCAGUAUCAGGAUCUGCAAGUAGUACGCUACACAAGAAUGGUGUUGCCUCACCCUUUAGCCACAGUACCAAAUCCUUGAUCAAUGGCGGUAGCAGCAGCAAUGGUAGCCUUACCAGUUCCAGCAGUAAUGCCACCAACAGCUCAACAACAUCAUCAAAUGCUUUACUAUUUGCUGGUAGCAACAACACCUCACAACAUUACCACUCGCAUCUUCAUCAGCAUCACCAACACCACGCACAUCAUCAUCACCAUCAUUCGCUGCAUCAUAAUGGUGUUGUUGGUAAGAGUGCUGGCGCUGCCACAAAUGGUUUGAGUUUAGAUCAGGGUAUUAUCUGUUAGCUAAGGGCCUCUAGGGCGCGAAGGAAUGCCAAAAGUUUCUUUCAUCGUUUCUUGUGUUGCAUGUAGUAUAGGGAGAAUAAAACGAGCAUUAAUAAGAAUAUAAAUAAUAAUAAUC